ACUAGAGAAAUAAAUUUCAGAUAUUGAAUAAAAUGGAAACAAUAAAUAAUUUGUCAUCAACUGAAUUUUGUCGUAUUUUUGAAAAUAUUGUGGAGCACUCACCGAUGGUCGGAGAGGAAUUAGAUCGUCUUCGUCCAUUUAGUAGCAGCAACCAGUUCCUGCAGCUCGUGGAUAUCGUCAUUAAAUCUCUCCCUAAUUGUCAGAAGAUUGAAAUACUGGAGAAACAUCCUGAUUUAGCUGGAAAACUAGCAGACUCUAAUCUUCUCACCCCAGAAUCAACAAGGGAGCAGAAAGCAGCUGGACUUGAUCUUAUGUCUCCUGAACAAAAACAAAAGAUUGUAGAACUGAACAAUGUCUACAGUAGUUGGGUAAUGGGGUGGAAGUGGCCAGAUGUGGGAGUUGAGGAUGUUCAUGGUGGUCUGAAAGGUGGCUUCAGAUCUCAGUUUGGGUUUACGUUUGUUGUCUGUGCGCGGGAAAACAAAGCUGACUCUAUUCUUCGCGGUUUAGACGGCAGGGUGCUUAACACUGCUGAGAGAGAACUGGAGAUUGGGAUUAAUGAGGUAUCCAAGAUUGCAAGACUAAGAGCUCAAGAUAUUCUAUCUUCUUACCAAUCAAAACUGUAAUUUUCACCUUUCUAACCGAAUAAAUCUGAACAUGAAUAUUUA